CCGGUUUUAUUUUGUGUGCGUGUUCUAAUGCGGUUUAGCUGCAGUGAUUUUUAAGUGAUUUUUUUGUUUGUUUUUAGAGUGUAUAAAAGUUCUAUUGAAUAUAUUAACAACAUUCAUUUGUAAAAACAACACAUUUGUCGGUGAUCCACCGUACAAUCAACACCGUUGCAUAGCUGCAAACACCGUCUAAUAAUAUACAGAACGGCGUGGCGAGUUCUUAGCCAAUAAGUACUACUGCAUGGUGGAACUAAUCAUAUUUUUUACCUGGGCCCGCGAUUCAACAAACUUCAUUACAUGUUGUUGGAGAAAGUUAAAACAAUCAAUCAGAUCAGAGUCAAGUCAGUUUUAUAGAUUUGCUGAAAGUGAAAUAAUUUUUGUUUAGUGUUCUGGUUUUUUUAUGUAUAUGUAUCAGUGGAACAACAACAGUGACUUAGUGUGUGAAAUAAUAUCUAAAAAAAAAAAAUUAUUUAAAAAUAGUGAAGUGAAAGUAUUAUUGGGGCAAUGAUUCCAGAAAUUGUGCCGAGUGCCGCCUCAACGGCAACACCAACAUAUAAUCCACCCCCGCAUUAUACGGCGCAUGUUCGUAUAUUGUGUGAUACAAAUUUGGAUGAUGAAUCCCGUUUGCAACAAUGUAUUAAGAUUUCUCAACCAUUUAUAGAUUUAAUCGUUGCAUUUAUUGCAAUACCAUUACUUGUAAUGUUUGGUUUAUUAUUACAAGCAAGUUUACAAGAUACAAUUACAACCGCAACAACAUCGAUUACAUCCGAAGUAUUUGAUACAGAAAUUAUUGAUGAGAAUAAUAAUAGUAUUAAUAAAAAUAUUAGUGAUAAUAAUAUAUUAAGUGAUGAAAUCAUAAUUAGUGAUCGUAUUAGUACAAAAAAUUUUGAACAAUGGGAUGAAAAUUUACGUACGCGAUGGACCCGCGUGGGAUUGGGUAUUGCAAUGUUAUCCGUAUGUUUAAUAUUAUUAGGGUAUAUAUCACAAAGGUUGGGAAUGUGUUUUUGGAAGAAACAACCAAGGAUUAUACAUCGAUAUGAAGAACGGUAUCCUGGUGAUGAUUCUGAUAAUGAGUCAACCGCCGGUUGUUCAACACAAUUAUACAGAGAAGAUCCACCAAGCUACGAUUUAGUAGUAAAUUGUUACGACAUACCACCUCCAGCAUACAAUACAAUUAAAAUAUCUGAAGAGGAUUAUCCAAAAAUUCACAGUCAAAAAUAGUACCCAGAUAGACUUUCCUGAAUUUCCAUUCUGUGAUCUUAGAAUGAGUAUAUAUAAUAAAAGAAAAGACCUUUUUCUGUGAGAAGUACGAACAAUUUAAUAACUUAAGUUUUUCGUGCAUAGACAAUUAGCUAUUUGACGUCCGAGAAACAGCCAGAAAAGAAAAUUGCAAAUAAUCUUUCUUAUAUGUAAUUGAGGGAUAGUAUUUCAUGAGAAUGUCGUCAUUUUAAUUAAAUUACAAGUGAAUAGGUAUAUUUCUUGAGAAUAGUUUUAGUUGUUCACGCCAAUUGCUUCAUUUAUUAUGUAAUAUGCUGUAAAUAUGUCUAUCUGGGUAAAUUAAAAAACUAUAUUUAAAAAUUAUGUGAUACAAAAAACAAUUAUUUAUGUACUCUCAAAUGUAAUUAAUUGUAUGCCUGUGAAAUCGAGUGAUUGAGAUAUUUUUUUUUUUGUAAAAACUUUGUAAAUAUUAUAUGAAAAUUUAUUUAAUGGAUGGAAGCAAAAAAAAAACUACGUGUGAAUAAAGGAACAAUUGUU